UUAAGCGCCGCCGCCUCCCUCCCGCCGCCUCUUCCUCUCCCCGCAGCCGCUCCUCCUCGGCGCCCAAAAUGCCCCGCUACGAACUGGCGUUGAUCCUGAAAGCCAUGCAAAGGGGUUGGUACAGUAGGCUUCAGUAGACUUAGCUGCGCCUAAGAAUUUCUCCUACAUCAACAAAGUUAAUGGUGAUGCUCUUGUGGAUUGGCGAAUAAAAGCUCACGUUAAAUAUUUCAGAAGCGGAGAAAACAAGUUUUGUCUUCUCAAAGUUGUACACAACCACUACCAUCAAGACAGCAAACCAAUGGACAAAGACUUUGAACCAGUGUGUUUGUAAAACUAAAGUGAUUUAUCUUACUAAGGCUUGAGGUUUGGGAUUUGGACAUCAACGCUUGGAAGUUACUUUGUUUACAAACAUGAGGGCAGCUUUGGAACCAGCAGACAUUGCCGUUGUGGCACUGUAUUUUGUGCUUGUCAUGUGCAUAGGCUUUUUUGCUAUGUGGAAAUACAAUCGAAGCACUGUAAGCGGUUACUUCCUGGCAGGGCGAUCUAUGACAUGGCUCGCAAUUGGUGCUUCCUUGUUUGUGAGCAACAUUGGGAGUGAACACUUCAUUGGACUUGCAGGAUCUGGAGCAGCAAGUGGAUUUGCCGUAGGCGCAUGGGAGUUCAAUGCCUUAAUGCUUUUGCAGCUCUUAGGAUGGGUCUUUGUUCCAGUUUAUAUACGAUCUGGAAUAUACACCAUGCCUGGGUACUUAUCCAAACGAUUUGGAGGUCAUAGAAUUCAAGUAUACUUUGCAGUACUGUCUCUAAUACUUUACAUCUUCACCAAACUUUCAGUAGACUUAUAUUCAGGUGCACUAUUCAUUCAAGAAUCGCUGGGUUGGAAUAUUUAUUUGUCAGUUAUUUUACUGAUUGGAAUGACUGCAUUGUUGACAGUGACAGGAGGUCUUGUGGCAGUCAUCUACACAGACACGGUCCAAGCUUUGCUUAUGAUUAUUGGUGCCUUCACCCUUAUGAUCAUAAGUAUUACAGAAGUUGGAGGGUUUGAAGAACUUAAAAGAAGAUACAUGUUGGCAAAACCUAAUGUUACAUCUAUCUUGUUGACAUAUAACCUCUCCAAUACUAAUUCCUGCCAUGUUGAUCCAAAGCCUGAUUCACUGAGAAUGUUGCGUGAACCAACGGAUGAAGAUAUACCUUGGCCUGGUUUCCUUUUGGGACAGACUCCAGCUUCUGUAUGGUACUGGUGUGCAGACCAAGUCAUUGUUCAGCGUGUUCUAGCAGCAAAAAAUAUUGCUCAUGCUAAAGGAUCUACUCUAAUGGCAGGUUUUCUAAAGCUUUUACCAAUGUUCCUUAUAGUUGUUCCGGGAAUGAUUUCACGAAUACUAUUUCCAGAAGACAUUGCGUGUAUCAAUCCGGAACACUGUAUGCAAGUUUGUGGGAGCAGAGCAGGAUGCUCUAAUAUUGCCUAUCCACGUUUGGUAAUGAGACUCGUUCCUGUUGGCCUGCGAGGCCUUAUGAUGGCUGUUAUGAUUGCUGCACUGAUGAGUGAUCUGGAUUCUAUAUUUAAUAGUGCCAGUACCAUAUUCACCCUUGACAUCUACAAACUCCUCAUAAGGAAGGGAGCGUCAUCUAGAGAACUGAUGAUUGUUGGAAGGGUUUUUGUUGCUUUCAUGGUGGUAAUAAGCAUUGCUUGGGUCCCAAUAAUAGUGGAAAUGCAAGGAGGCCAAAUGUAUCUGUAUAUCCAAGAGGUAGCAGAUUAUUUGACACCACCAGUGGCUGCUAUAUUUCUUAUGGGUGUAUUUUGGAAACGUUGCAAUGAGCAAGGGGCCUUCUUUGGUGGAAUGGUUGGUUUUGGUUUGGGAGCUAUUCGACUGAUACUGGCAUUUAUAUAUCGUGUCCCGGAAUGUAAUCAACCAGACACUAGGCCACUCUUUAUCAAAAGUGUCCAUUAUAUGUAUUUUGCUACUGGGCUGUUCUGGAUCACUGGAAUUGUGGCUGUAAUAGUCAGCUUUCUGACACCACCACCAUCAAAGGAGCAAAUUCGGAUGACAACAUUCUGGUCUAGGAAAAGCAGGACAGUAAAAGAAAGCACUUCUGUGGGCAAUUCAUUGACAGUACAAGAGAAAACCAUUUUAAAAUACAGUGAAACCUCCAAUCCUGUAUCUUCAAAUGGAAAAUCUGAAGAAAAUGUUAAAAGUGAUUUACCAGAAAAUGUCAAUCUCCUAAUAACUUGCAGUGAUGAAAGCAAUCCAAUGAUUUCUCUAAGUAACUCUGAAGUUGAGACACCAGUUGAUUGUUAUUCUAAUGGCCAGGCAGCUCUUAUGGGUCAAAAGAAGACUGAGAAGGAGACAGAAGGUGAUGACCAAAACAGGAAAUUCUUAGAUUGGUUCUGUGGUUUCAGAAGUAAAGGCAUGAAUGAUAGAGCCAUCCCAGAGAAGGGGGAAGAUGAAACUGUUUGUCUACAAAUGCUGGAAGAGACCCCCAAAGUUAAAUUACUACUAAACUGUGGACUAAUUUGUGUGUGCUCACUUGGAAUAUUCAUGUUUGUUUAUUUCUCUUUGUGAGCAAAUGUUUAAUUUAAGAGUAUACUCAAAAAGAAUUAGAUGGUUGCUGGAGAAAUAUUUAUAUAAAAUGUGUGUGUUUAUGUCUUACAUCUCAGGCAUCUUUUACAUUAUAAUCAUCCAAACUAUUUUUUGGGCAAUCUGAAAAAUCAUUAGGCUUUUAUGUUGCAACAUUUCCAUUUUAGCACAGAAUCCUGGGUAAUUUACUUUUGAGUGCUAAAGAUGGAGCUUUGAUAUACCAAAGUAAAACAUUCCUGUGUUAAAGAUGAAAAUUUACAGUACACUCUCAAAGGUCUAGCAAAAGUAGAUUCUAUGUUAAGGAUAGAGAAAGUACCAUUUCAUAUUUGGUCAAGACACUGGGUUCUGAAGAAUAUUUCAUAAUAUUUUUGAGUGUGAGGUGAUGCUGUUCUCUAGAUUGUUUAAAUAAAAUAACAUUUCAUGCCUCAUUCCAUCGUCAAAUAUUCAAUCUAACUAUGUUCCAGACAAAAAUCCAAAUUUUGAAUGAACUUUAUCUGACUUUGUAGUUCAGAUAGCUGCAAAUUCUUGACAACCACAUCUUACAAUUUUUUGUCAUUUGUGAAGAAACCAAUUUUUUAAAAAAGAAAACAGUGUGGUAAAUUUCCGUCUCUCUUAGAAUUCUAUUAACAAGAAGUUAUUUUAAAUAGAGUAAUCACAAAGAAAAUAGAUGCUUUCAAAGCAAUGCAGAAAGGGUUAUCUGGGUCAUUUUUUCCAAUGAAACUUAAACUUCUCCAUCCUUCAUAGGUGGGCUAAACUCCCAUCUUGUCGCUAGUGUGGUUGAUGGGGUGAUUGGAAUUAUGUCUGGUAUGUCUGUGGAUCAUCACAUUAGAGAAAACAUUUUCAACAGUGGGUACAAUAUGGGUUUGGUUGGUACAUUCAUUACUGUAUAUUGUGCUUUUGGCAUUUUCUUACAUCUGAAUUUUGUUCAUAAAAUAUUUAGCAGUGUAGUUACUCCCCCCCCCCCCCCCCCCCCCGUGUAUACUGCUAGAGGGAAAAUGUAGCAUCCCUUUACAAAGCCAGUGUAUACAAAGUCUUUAUUUAUAGUGUAAUGGUUUGUAUGAAACUCUUCAGAGGUGAAUAUGGAAGUAACAAAUGCAGCUUGUCAAUUUCCUGAUUAUAACAUGAUCAGUUGUAAAAACAAUAUUGUAUGAUUCUUAGGUUUGUUUUUUUGUUGGUGAAGUGGGUAAGCAUAGAGCAGUGGUUCUCAACCUGUGGAUCCCCAGAUGUUUUGGUCUUCAACUCCCAGAAAUCCUAACAGCUGGUAAACUGGCUGGGAUUUUUGGGAGUUGUAGGUCAAAACACCUGGGGACCCACAGGAUGAGAACCAGUGGCAUAGAGGGAGAGAGUAGAAAAUCUUAGACUUGUCCCCCCUUUUAGACCAAUAAAUUUGCAGUUUCAAGGAAUGUUUAUUCUUUCCUGUUGAGGGUGCAUGUCUCCUGUAGAGUUGAUUAGCAUAGUGUUGCUUGUACAGAACAUAUUAAUCCAGUGCAGGUUUAAAUGUGAAUGCUCUCAACUCUAACAUGAAUUCAAGCAGUUGUAAUUUUCAGCUUCAGUACAGAGAGAAGCAAUAUUGGCGGUAUUUUAUUCAUGCCUGCAUUUUAAUGACAGCCAGAGAAGAACUUGUUCCACCUGCAGCUGUAGUGACUGUGGUAGGAAGAAACUCACUCCUCUCUUCUCCUAGUGCUCUGAAUUUUAUAGAUCAGAUUGUAGAGUCACUUUUCUUUGGUCGCUUCAGCCCUCACCAGCAAAUGGAAAUGGCAGAGCACAUAGUGGUGUUGGAAGCUGGCAAUUAUGAAUGAGCUGUCAAAGGCUUUCAUGGCCGGGAUCAUAGGGUCGUUGUAUGUUUUCUGGGCUGUGUGGCCAUGUUCCAGAAGUAUUCUUUCCUGACGUUUCGCCCACAUCUGUGGCAGGCAUCCUCAGAGGUUGUCCUCACAACGUCUGAGGAUGCCUGCCACAGAUGUGGGCGAAACGUCAGGAGAGAAUACUUCUGGAACAUGGCCAUACAGCCCGGAAAACAUACGACCCCAAUUACGAAUGAAUUCAGAACUUUUAGAAUAGUGGUUCUCAACCUGGGGUCCCUAGAUGUUUUUGGCCUACAACUCCCAGAAAUCCCAGCCAGUUUACCACCUGUUAGGAUUUCUGGGAGUUGAAGGCCAAAAACAUCUGGGAACCCCAGAUUGAGAACCACUCUUCUGUAUUCUGUUAUGGCAUUUGUGAUUGAUGAUACCAAUCCAAGUUAUGCCUGGAGGCUUUUGCAACCUCCACUGUUUUAAGAUCUGAGCUGAAAUGUGCAGUAUAACAAGAAGUAUACCACUGUACUUUAGUGUUGAGAGGUUUCUGGCCUUCCAGAUGUUUUAUGUGAACUACUGUUCAUACUGGCAGUAUUGAAAGGGAGCUCCAAUUCAACAAUUGGAAGGCUCCAGGUUCCUUCUCCCAUGUUGUAAUGGUUAAAUCCAGGGAGUUGAAUCUUGACUAAUGACAAAAUUUGGAGAAGGCAUUUCUUUGUAAUUUUCCUUAAACAUUGCAAAUUCUUAAGGCAAGUUUCACAGCAACAGCUAACAAUAUUCUGGAAUUACUUAAAAAUAAACAGGAAACAUUUUAAUUGGUGAUAACAUGUUGCCCUACCUUUUCUCUUAUUGUGUCAGUGGAGCAGCUUGCUCACUAAAGGGACACUCAUUACUAAAUGGUUGUAGGGUAUGAGCAGGGGAGUUAAGUUUGCUGAACUCUGCUUCAGCGUUGUUGAACUUUAGAUGGAGCAUGUUGUGUAAUGCACUAGAGAGACUUUGGUUUAGAUUUUUCUGUUCAUAAGUACAUACAUGGGGAGGUUCCUUGUGCAUUGGGCCAAGAACCUCUGUAAACUAGUGGCCUUCUUCGGGCGAAGGGAGUGAAUAAUGUCACUGCUGAGUACGGGAGUGUUGUUUUUGCCAGCACUUGCAAGGAUGGCUGUCACUGAAAAAGUUGCCAGCUGUCAUUGUGCAGGUGGGCUAGCUCAGGGAUCUCAUUGGCUCCCACCGUCCGGUCGUCUUAAGAUGCCUUGCAUAGACGAAGCCAUGUCCCAGGCUUUACUGCCACAUUAAAACAGCAAUGUCUAAUACUCCCUCUGUCCUACUCCCCAAGCCACUUAAUAGUUUAUGCAGUAUUAUGAAUGUAAAUGACAGAGCGUGAUUUGGAUCUAUGUUACUGCUUAAUGCAAUACAGCCAUAGUCUAUGUAACGGUUAAGUGCAUAAACAUCUAAAUAUUGGCUACAGUUUAAACAAUAAUGGAAAACGUCACCAAAAUCUAUAGAGGAAAUGCAUGCUGAUUUAUCCUAUUUGAGCCUUUCUGUUCCUUCACUAUAUGUAUAUGGUUUGUGUAGCUUAUAUAUCAUUGUCAGAUUUAGACAGCUACUUUAUAAUUUCCAGUGUUUUGGCAGGUUUGAAACAGAGAUUGCCUGUCAGUUUAAAAUGUCAAAGGCAGUGAGCAGGUAACAUUCCUUGCCCCGCAGUAUCAUCUUUGAAUGAGGGCCACUAUAGGUCAACACAAUCCUAAGAAAGAGAGGGUGAGCAAAGGGGCUAUUUUACUACCGGGGUAAAAUAAAUUACUAUUUUCCUUCUUCCCAUGUUUGGUCUUUUGGGGCAGGUUCAGGUGAAUAGCAUUAGCUAAACCAAGUUACCCAAGACAAUAGGUAAAUGAGCUUGUUAACUACCUUUGCUUAUAACAAAAGACACCUUGCUGAGCAUGCAGGGAAAAGGAAACAAAGGCAUUGGCAAGUUUCCUCCUGUUUGUGAAGAAGGUAAAGAAAGCAAGUGAAUCCUAAAUCCAUUGCAGUUUGUUCAAUGGUCUAAACUUUAUAUGUCUGUAGAACAGAUAACCAUCCCAGCCAGUCUGUUAGGUGAUAGGCUAAAACCUGGCAGGCCUUGCUGUUUGUCUUUUUAGCUGAAGAUAUCCUAAGUGUAACUUAUAUGAUGUAACCUCCUAAUUCAGUCCUUCUAUGGUUGCAAGAACCAUGAUCAAGUUGGACUUCCUAUAUUCCCUUAUUCUUACUACUGAACAUUCCUUUUAGAAUAUCUUGUAAUCAUUCUGUUUACUUCAAAAUAAAAAAGUGAAUCUGUAAUAGCUUGUUAUAGUGCCUUUUAGUAGCAAAAUAUAACCUUGUUAGGUUAGGGCAUCUCAUCUGUGAUGAAAAUACAUAUUUGUUCUGGUUCUUCACAUUUCUACUGAUACCAUGAGGAAGCCUUUAUAUUUUUCUAAAUCCUUCUCGUAUUUUUCUUUGCAAUUUUACCGUUAAGAAAGUAUUAAAGUAGCAGGUUGUAGCCUACAUUCUUCAUGGUAUGGUACUGAUUUGGUUUGCUUGAAAAAAAGGUGUAAUAACACUGCUUCUGAAUAAUAAAACUGUGCUAUGUAUUGCCAUAUUUCUGCAUGUCGAAUUAUAUUGGCUUCUGCUACACAGCAUUCUUUGGAACAGUGGUUCUCAACCUGUGGGUCUCCAGGUGUUUUGACCUACAACUACCAGUAAACUGGUUGUUAGGAUUUCUAGGCGUUGGAGGCCAAAACAUCUGGGGACCCACAGGUUGAGAACCACUGUUUUAGAAUAAAACAAAAUGCCCCAAAGGAAAAAAAAAUGAACAUGUAAUAGUUCAUAAUGAACCCUCUUGAUAGUUGUUAUAAGAGGAGCUCUAAUAUUAUUUUAAUUCAGUAAAAAUUACCAUUCCUGAUUCGUAAAUCCUAGCAAAGUCAAUUUUUGAUCCAUGUAUAUACCUCUCAACUGUCUUGUAUAGACAGGAGGGAUCAUUGCUUACGGUAGUAUAAUUUGGCUAAAACUUGUGUGUUCUUGGCUGUGUCCAUCCACAUUGCAAAAUUAUGGUAGUUUGACACCACAUUCACUGGCAUGGCUCAAUAGUAUGGAUUUCUGGAACAAACUGCAAAUCCCAGGAUAACAUGGGAUGAAGCUAUGGCAGUUAGAAGUGGUGUCAUACUUCUACAAUUUUGUAGAAUUGGUGACCUUGCAGUAACUUAGCAAAAAUUCAGAGGGAUUGCCAUUAUUAGUUCAUUCAUACUACACUUUGGGCCUCUUCUUGGUGGCUCUGUCCAAUGCAGAUUUUCCAAUGAUCAAGUUAGUCAGUUACAUGGUAAUGCCUUUUGGGUCUCUGACAAUGUAUUGUGUUGUAUGUCAACAUAACACUUGAUUGAGCUCUACUUCAGACUUACUUUGAAUAGAAAUAAACAGAAGCUUUAUCUGAAGGAAGCUCUGUGAGGGCUUUAUAUUUGCACUGUAUUCAGGGAAAACAUAAUUUCUGUCAUGAAAAGCGUUCCUUAUUCCCUUUGUUGCCAAAGUUUUUCCUCACCCCACCAAUACCUUGCAAUCCAAAAGCAAGAGGAGGCUAAAUGAUUGUGUAUGGCCCACAUCUCUCCCUUUCUGUUCUUCUAUCACAAUUUCACAAAUCUGAGCAUAAUUCUUGGACUUUGGCACCUCAACUCAUAAAUCAUCUUGUAUGUUUGAAAUAUCUUCCAGAAAUAUGGAAAGGGAUAGAGUGUGGGCUACCAAUUAAAAUAAAUAUAUUCGUAGACAGAAAAAAAGUGCUUUUGUUCAAUCUUACACCUUUAUUUUUAAAUCUUUAUUCUACAGUAAAUUAUGAUGUAUUGGGGUAUGUGUAUAUAUGUAUCUAUACGUAUAUGUGACCCCCCUCUCAAAGUAAACAUAUUAAAUUCACAAAUCUAGUUUUUAAAGGAAAAUUUAAAGUAUGGCAAUGUAUUUAAAUUAAAAAUAUUGUUUUUCGGUAUAUACUGUAUGUUUUGUGCCCUUACAAGUAAAUGUUUUGAAUAUAAAGCUAAUGGUGUUAACAUGUGAUAUUCUAAAACAAAGGUGUGAAAUGCUUAAAGGUUCUUAUCUGAAAAAUCGUGCAUAGCUCAGUGGUUUUAAUGUGUUUUUAAUUAACUUUAGGAUAAAGAGUAGUUUUAGAAUGUAAGCAUAUAUAACUAGGAUUAAUAAUUUCACUGUGAGCUCUUUCAACUUUUGUUGGCAAAAUUGCCUUUUCUUUCCUACAAGCACUUACUGGGGGUAUUGGUUCGAAAGCAAAUGCUUCAUUUUUGUUCUGAUUGUUAUCUAAUAUAAAUGUUCUGUAGUGACAUCUGGUGACUACUUUUCCAUAGCAUUUAUCAGCUUUAUUGGGCAGAGUCAGACACUGAGUGAAAAUGAUGCUGACAUAUGACAAUACUAAGUGUCUAUACAUGCUUUUAAAUGAGGUGGAUAUAAAAAUAGUUGCUGUGCAAAAGAAAUAGUAGUCUUCUUCAAGAAGAAAGCAAAUUCUUUUCUAAUAGUGCUAGAGAAAUACCUUUUUGUUCAUACUCUUAGUUUUAGGUACAGUGUCAAAAGUGAUGCUGCUUUUACUUUGUACCCUUUCGAUAAUAAGUAUUAUACUUUUAAAAGAUGUGUCAGGUGUUUUUGUUUUUGAUGCUCUUGUACUUUUUGUAGCUUUCAUGCACAUUAUAAGUCAAUGAAUUGCUUUAUUUUUUUAAUAUAAGAAACUGUAAAACACAAAAGAUUUUACAAACCAAGACCAAAUAAAAUUGUACAGCUUGUUAAGUCUUUGACAACCAACUUUGAGGGGAAAUGAACCAAAUGAGCAUACGGAUGUAAUGAAACUUGCUGAUUUUAGAGCUCGUUGGUUAAGUUUUAUUUUAAAUGUCUAUCUGACAAGAAUGGGCAUUUAAUAAAAUGUAAUGUAGAUUGAGAAGAAUUAUGAAAAUAUGUUUGUUUAUUAUUGCUACCGUCCAUAAUAACCAGUUUGUCACAGAAAAAAAAGAAUGGCUUAAAUGCAGAGACAGUAUUGUUUGUGUGAAAUGGAACUAAAUUCUGAUACUAAAAUAGUUGGCAGUUCUGCCCCUUGUGUAUAUUGUUUGUUGUAUAAUGUAUUUUGCCUUCGCAAUUAGUUUUGAAAAAUAAACUCUUAUUAUAAGAGUAUGCAGAUAAUUAAAACUGUAUUUCUUGCAGUUUACAUUCCUUUUGAAUAUUGGAUUUUGUCCUGUCGGUUAUUGUAUGGAAAUGUUUCAAGUUCUGUACAAAGUUUAAAUAAAAGUACAAAACAAAGA